UCUUCAGUAUCUACUCACUAGUAGUUUUGUUGUUGCCUCCAGUGACCCUCUCUAAUGUGUGUUUUUCCUGUGCACCAGGAUUCUUGUGUACACACCGGCUCUCGCCAUGCUGUUUACCUAACCUGCCUUAGCCUUAUCUACCAUCUCACCAACAGUACCUUUAAACACUAUUAGUUUUUACCAAUAAUUGUUAUGUUCUACAUCUGCUCUUGGGUCAGCUGACAACCAACUGUAAGAAGUAAAGUAUCUGGCAAGACCACAACUGGUGGCCAAAGUAGCAUGGCUCCAUCACUUCUUGCAGCAGCAGGAGGACUUCUGUUACUUUUCUCCUUCUCAUCAGGACAAGUCAGAGUAGACAAUGUUACAGCAUGCACCACGAAUGGCUUUGGAAAGUACUGUCCAACUACAUGUGGAAUGGCUGAUUACUUACUGAGUGAACUUCAGAAUUUAAUUUCAUACAACGAGAGGAAAAUGGCAGACUUGAAACAACUCUACAUUCAGCUGCAGCAGAAAUGCAAGGAAUCCUGCAAAGACACAGUUAAGAUCCAGCCUACCACAGGGAGAGACUGUCAGGAUGUUGCAAACAAAGGAGCCACCACCAGUGGUCUUUACUAUGUGAAACCAGCAAAAGCCACAGAGCAGUUUCUGGUCUAUUGUGAGAUUGACAGCUUUGGACGUGGCUUUACAGUAAUACAGAGGAGACGCGAUGGAAGCGUGGACUUCCGCAAGGACUGGAUUCAGUACAAGCAGGGCUUUGGUUAUCUCUCAUCAGAUGACACAACUGAGUUCUGGCUUGGCCUAGAGAAGAUGCAUCUCCUGACUGCCACUUCAAGCAUGCCAAAUGUGCUCAGGAUAGAACUUGUUGACUGGGAAGGAAACAAAAAGUAUGCCGACUACAACAUGUUCAGAGUUGGACCAGAGAUCGACAUGUACCGUCUAACAUACGGCUUCUACUUUGGCGGUGAUGCUGGAGAUGCUUUCGAUGGCUAUGACUUUGGUGAUGAUCCCAGUGAUAAGUUCUACACGUCUCACAAUGGCAUGCAGUUCAGUACCCACGACAAGGACAAUGACAAGUACGAUGGCAACUGUGCUGCGCAGGACGGCUCCGGUUGGUGGAUGAACAGAUGUCAUGCUGCACAUUUGAACGGCAAAUACUACCAGGGUGGCAGGUACACAGAGAAGGAUGCAGGUGAAUUUGGCUACGACAACGGCAUUAUUUGGGUCACAUGGCACGACCGCUGGUACUCCCUGAAAGAGACCACCAUGAAGUUCAUUCCCCUCAGUCGCAUCACAGCAGGUGGUCGACAGCAGGCUGGGGAGAAACAGUUUGGUGGACUUGGAGAUGCUUAAAAAGUAGAUUAAUAUGGUUGUGGUCUGUUAAGGCUGCAGUUAAGGUGUUUAGUAUAACAGCACUGAAAUCGCCUUAAAUGAAAUAACACGCCUCCUUGGAAGAUCUCUGACAGAAAUUAGUAAAUAACAUGACUCCAUAAUGUCUCGACUUUAUGAUGUGUCCAUGUUUUGCUGAUCUGACCGGCAACAAUUUCCCAUUUUUCAUUCAGAAAAGUGGUCCUCAGCGUUGCUUUGACCACUAAAUAAAAGUAUUUUCUUAACCAAA